UCCCGUCGGGCGGCCGCCCCGGCCGCCAUUUCCCGCCUCCGCCCAGCCCAAAAUGCCGGCCCGGAAGCGGAACCCGGCAGGCAGAGAUGGCGGCGGGGCCGCUGGACUGCCACUGCCACCUCGCCGCGCCCUGCUUCCACCCGGAUGUGGCGGCCGUGGUGCGGGCAGCAGAGGAGGCGGCCGUGGUGGCGCUGGUGGUGGUGGCGGAGCAGGCGGCGGAGUUCCGGAGAGUGAUGGAGCUGUCUGAGAGCGAGAGCCCCCACGCGUGUCCCCGAGUCGUCGUGAGUGGCUGCUUUGACAGCGCGCAAGGACCACCUUCCCUCUGCCUUGGCCAGGCUGGCCUUCUGUCCCUCAGUAACUCACUGUCUCUGCAUAACUCAACAUCCACCCUGAGCUUGCUGGCUCAUGCCCCUGUGAUCCGCCACACUGCUGCGGUGUGUUCUGUUCCCAGAUUCCCAGGAUUUGUGUUUCCGUGCCUAGGGGUUCACCCCAUUCAAGAGGUUUCUCCAGAAGAGCAGCGCAGUGUUACUCUGAAGGAUCUGGAUGAUGCAUUGCCACUUAUAGAACUCUACAAAGAUAAAUUGGUGGCAAUUGGAGAAGUAGGACUAGAUUUCACUCCCAGAUUUGCCAGCACGGAUGAACAGAAGGAAGAACAAAGACAGGUUUUGAUUAAGCAGAUUGAGUUAGCAAGAAGACUGGAUUUGCCUUUAAAUGUUCACUCACGCUCAGCUGGAAGGCCAACCAUUAAUCUCUUAAAGGAACAAGUGUUGCUUCAUGCAUUUGAUGGGAAGCCAUCUGUAGCAAUGGAAGGGGUGAAAGCCGGAUACUACUUUUCCAUUCCGCCUUCCAUUAUAAGGAGUGAACAGAAGCAGAAGCUUGUGAAACUGCUACCUCUGGAAAGUAUAUGCUUGGAAACUGACUCUCCAGCUCUGGGGCCUGAAAAACAGGUGAGAAAUGAACCAAAAAACAUUUACAUUGCUGCAGAAUACAUUGCCAAAAUUAAAGGAAUUCCAGUUGAAGAAGUUAUAGAAGUGACAACACAGAAUGCACUGAAAGUAUUCCCCAAACUGCGGAACUUUGUUCGUGUAUAAACUUAGAAACUGAAAUAAAUAAUGUUGCAGCAACUAUUAGUUAUGGCAUGAUAAAUAAAACCAACAUACAUCUUGUCCUUAAUGGAGUUUGUCGGAAAGUUCAAGGAGUGAGCACAGUGUUACAUAGAUACAAGUAACAACAAGCUCAAGUUUCUGAAAGACCUUCUUUUGUACACACUGUUGUUACCUCUUAAAUGCGAUAAAAAUAUCUUGGAUCUUUCA